CGGGAUUAGUUUCACAGCAGGGUUCAUACUGGAAUACUGGACUUGACAGAGAGACAGAGAUACGCGCACACACACACACAUACGCAGAGAGAGAGAGAGAGAGAGAGAGAGAGAGAGAGAGAGUAAAUUAUACAGUGCUAUCAUCGGCAGAAGGAGAGGGGAGCGCAGAGCCCGCUGAGGUUUUUUAAAAAAAAAAAUCCAUUUCUAUGCUUCUCGGAUCAUAAGCACUUAGGGACUUUAUAACCAUGCACCUACUUGGAAUAUCUCUUUUACUGGCAUAUCUGCUCUACGUCAACCUCGCCAGCGACUAUCAGGAUGACCACAUACAAGAGCAGCAGGACGAGCCGGACUUUACACCAAAGCCAGACAUGGAGCAGAGGCUGCGUUCAGCCUCCAGUGUGGAUGAGUUGAUGAGUCUCAUCUACCCUUCGUACUGGGCCACUUUGAAGUGCAGGUCCAAGCUUUUUGCUGCUGCAGCCUCCUCGGCCUCCAAACUCACUCAGUGGCCGCAGCCUCAUCGACUGAGACCUUUGGCUGAUACAGAAGAGCCAAAAUUUGCUGCUGCCUACCUCAACUUGGAUGUCUUGAAAAGUAUAGAAUCAGAGUGGAGGAAGACUCAAUGUAUGCCCAGGGAAGUGUGUGUCGACGUGGGCAGGGAGUUUGGAGCUCCCACCAACAUCUUCUAUAAACCACCCUGUGUGUCCGUCUACAGAUGUGGAGGAUGCUGCCACUCUGAGGACAAACAAUGCAGGAAUAUCUCCACUGGUUACCUCAGCAAAACUCUGUUUGAGAUCACGGUGCCAAUCACACAAGGCACCAGGCCAGUGACCAUCAGUGUGGCCAACCACACCCAGUGCCGCUGCCUGUCCAAACUGGACAUCUACAAGCAAGUUCACAGCAUCAUCAGGAGAGCCCUGUCUGAGUGUACAAUAGCCAAUAUGACAUGUCCUCCUGGACAGGCUUGGAGCAGCAGGCUGUGUUGGUGUGUCAGCGUAGCCACCAACAUGCACCACAACACCCCUCCUUCAUCACUACCCACUCCAAGGUCCUCUCAACAGCACAUCGACACAUUUUCAGCAGAUGUGUGUGGCCCAGAUAAGGAGCUGGAUGUGGAAACCUGUCAGUGUGUGUGUCAGCACAGAGAUCAAACUCAAGACUGUGGCCCAAACCAACAUCUCGACCUGAGUACUUGCCAGUGUGUUUGCCCGCCUGCUCCCUCCUGCCCACUCAACCACAUCUUCAACAAGGAGACCUGCCAGUGCACGUGUAGCAAAACAUGUCCCAAGCACCUGCCCCUAAAUAAAACAAAGUGUUCCUGUGAAUGUAAUGAGUCACCCAAUAGGUGUUUCUUAAAAGGACGGAGGUUCUAUCAAGCUACAUGCAGUUGUCUCAGGCCUCCCUGUGAGGUCAGAAGGCGAAGAUGUGAACCCGGGUUCUCCUUCAGCGAGGAAGUGUGUCGCUGCGUACCGUCCCAUUGGAGACGGCUGGACUAACCACUGGCUAAUGCAAUUCUGAGGAGAUGCUAAUUAGCAGAUAACAAACUUAAGAAAUGAUCAACGAUCAACUGUAGACAGGUCAGGAGUGUUCCCAUCAGCUGUGAUGGACCCUGAUGAACAUGAGAAAACCUUAGUGAUCGUGCAGAUAUGGGAAACUCUGGUGAUUUGAAGGUGGGAAAUGCACUGACUUGACUGUGAGGACAUUUUGAUAUGACAGUUACUGAUUGGAGAUUUCCUGGAGCCCAGGAAUGGAAUGGAGGAGUGGAAGAGCUCGUUUUGAAAUAUUGUCUAAAUGAUUUGUUUUAAAUAUUUGGUUGGUUUUGUAUUAAUUAUGUCUCUGUAUUCUUAUGUCAGAUAUGAAUGAUAUAAUUUAUUAAACAUUAUUUUUCAACCUC